AUGAGUUUGGCAGCCUUAGUCACAAGGAACGCCGCGCUGCGAUGCCACGGCGGGGAUGCGGAAAAAGCUGCCACGGAUGCCUUCGCGGAGGACAGCACUGAAGAGCUCCAAGAGCGACUGCUGCGGCUGGUUCCGGUGGUAGGCUUGCCCGCGUCAGUGCUGUACCCUCUGUGGAGGCUGCUGCGCAGGACGUGCCUGGUAGCUAGCCUGUUUGGGCACGACUUGCAGCAGGAGGCAGUUUUGGCCCAAGUCCUUGCGGCAGCAGGAGGACUCGGGAGCGUGCCAGCAGCCGAGCGGCGGGUGGAGACCAUGGCCAAAGCUCUCUGGCAACAGAUGGCUGGACGUUGGGCAAAAGCGCUGCCUGUGGCGAGUCUCAUCACUCAGAUCCUAGAUCUCCAAGGCAAAGGCGAGCAGCUGGUUAUACAGCUUUUUCGCGAGGGUCCUGGUGUACAGGACUUCAGCCGGGAGCUUGAUGCAGAGCCGACAUUGGCUGAUGUGCUACAGCUGCUCCGGGACACCGGGAGGCAGACGUUGGCAGCAGCCGCCGGUGUGGCCAGGACAUGGCAUGGUCAGCCGUGA